CGCAUCCUUGUAGUGGGAGUAAAAGACCAUCGCCGUCGCGGAGGAUCUUCGCUCGCAAGUCACGUUAGUCCAGUCGAAUCUACCGAACGCACAGGAAGGUAUUACCGGCUACACGAAACCACACGAGCGAUUGUUGUUAUUGCUGUCGUCUUGGUUACCAAUCAAUAAGUACUGAGUGAUUUUGUGAAAUCUAUACCGGUAGCAAGUGAUUUUUUGUGAAUGUGGGAUUGACAUGAGUUUUUAACUGUUUUUGAAGGAUUUUUCGGACACAAUGGAGUUAAAAUUGUUGUUUAUUGUUGCUGCAUUUGUUGCUUGUGACGGACUCGAACUCAAGAAUGGUGCUUACGAAGACUUGGUCAUUAAGGUGGCAGACAAUGUUCCGCAGAAUGAUUGCAAUAAUAUCUUAACAAAUCUUGAGAACACCAUCACCAGUGCUUCCCAAUACCUGUUUUCUGCACUAGACAGCAGAGCAUACCUCCGAUCAGCAACCGUUUUACUUCCUGAAUCAUGGCCAGAUUCGUGCGUAUCCUCAGCUAUUUUGUCUUCUUCUGGAGAAACUUCUGAUGUCUCGAUAUUGCCCAGUGAUCCAGCAAGAGGAAGCAUCUGGACCCAGCAGUCUUUGGGCUGUGGACAGCCGGGAGAUCAGAUCUUUCUAGGAUAUGAAGGAUUGUUGAGGAAAAAUAACAAUUUAGGAAGGGAACUCGUAAAGGAAUUUGCCAAGUACCGUUAUGGCGUAUUUGACGAAGAAGGGUACCAAAGUGAUUCCAUCUACCCCAUGUGCUACUAUGAUGAUCAAACAAAGCAAGUGAAAGUUACCGGAUGCUCAGAUUUGCCACUAAAAGAUAAUGGAGUUUGUUCCAACAAGAACGCCAUCUACAACAAAACCGAAAUGAUGGAUGAAAAAGCUCGCUCCAGCAUAAUGUUUUCUCCAGACAGCCCGUCAGUGUCCAUGUUUUGCGACGAGGGCAACCACAACCGCUUGGCACCAACCAAACACAACUUCUUUUGUGAGAGAAGAAGCGUUUUGGACGUCAUAAUAAGCCACGCGGACUUCGCUAAGAAUCCACACAGUUCCUUCACUGGCAACCAAAUCACAGACACUACCCCUAGAAUUGUUUAUAAAAAGCAAAAUAUUACUAGAUAUGUUUUCGUUAUUGAAAAUUCUAAAGAUAUGAUGCUAAGAGAGUCUUGGAGUUAUUUAAGGCUGGCUAUGAGACAGUGGGUCGGAUAUGUUUUGCCAGACAAUACUGAAAUCGGUAUGGUUCUUUCUGACCCAACUCAAUCUAUUAGAGCUUUGAAUAUCGUUCCUGCUAAAGUAACAAAUGACAGAUUUGGUAAAGAUAACAGAGAUAAGUUCUACUCAGCUCUACCUUACACACCAAAUGAAAGUAUGCAACCUGUGUGUCUACAUUGUGCUGUAACGGAAGCUAUGAACAUGCUAAAAGAAAGAACUAAAACUAAUGGAGCAGCCAAUAAUGUUAUAGUUGUAAUUGCAACAGGUAUGACAGUAGAUAAUCGUAUGAAGUCUACGAUAAACGAGUUGAAAAAAUACAAAAUUAAAGUUGCCACCGUCAACUAUCCUGACGUGCUACGACCAAGUACUUUGGGUAUGUUGGCUGCAGAAACCGGAGGUACUGAUUACACAGUCUUUGAAGAAAAACUAAACGUAGACACUACACUUCUAACUACUUAUUUUGAUCUACACAAUGUUUUGUAUGAUAUUGUUAUGAAGUUCAGUGCUAAAACUCAAGUAGAUUUACCAAUGGAAAUCCACAGAAAGGCAAUAACUGAUGAUGGUCGUAGUUCCAUUACUGGUAGCUUUAUGUUGGAUCCUAGUAUGGGAGAACCAGCUCAGUUUAUAUUCUACACGCACAAUACUGUUACUCCACUCAUUAAAGGAUUGAAGUUGAUCAGCCCUAGUCAUCAAAUAUACUACAGCAGGAAUGACAAACUUAUCUUCUUCAAAAUGAUCACACUUGAUGCCAAUAUAUCAGAGACUGGUACUUGGACAUACGUCGUUGAACCCUAUUCAGGAAAUCCCCAACCGCAUUUCAUCCAAGUAAUGGCAACUCCAAGAUCAAUCUUUGCUCCAGUGAUUAAAGCCAAUUUCAGAACACAUCGCAACAUCCCUAAUGGACCUAUUCUUCUUCUGGCUGAAAUUAAAUAUGGAGAUGCUCCAAUAAUGGGUGCCAAAGUUGAAGUGACUGUAACCAAACCUGGUGUUAAUGGGUCUUUACCACUGAGAACUAAGAUAGAGCUGUUGGACACUGGUUCUGGAGAUCCAGAUAUCACCAAAGGAGAUGGAGUUUACACCAAGUAUUUUAGCGCUGCUGAAUGGGGACCGGGUUUAUAUAAUUUCGAGGUUAUGGCUACUGAUAAUGGAAAUACCGCUUAUACAUGGUCCAGUGGUUCUAAAAGAAACGAAGAACCUUGCUGCGGAAGCGCAGUGGUUGCAAAUGGUGUGAUGACGCCCCUAGCUCCAUUCCAACGAUUUAUACCAAAAACUACUUUGGUAAUAACAUCAGAGGAUGUAACAAUAUCCAGUCAAGUCAUAGCUGGAAGAAUUGGAGACCUGAAAGUUCAAAUACUACCUGAUGAGAUGAAAGCAAGAUUGUCGUGGACGUCGCCAGAUAUGGGAGGAGAUUCAGUUUCACACUACGAAAUCAAAUAUGCUACGUCAGUUCUUGAUAUUCUCGACAAAUUUGAAACGAAAGCUAUUAGUUGGGAUUUGGGACAACCCUUCCCUCUUUCUCCAGGUUCAGAGACUACUUUUACCCUGGAUUUUAACCAAAAGAAAGAGCUCCUUGAUCAAACUAUCUAUUUUGCUGUCAAAUCAUACUCUAAAACAAUUAACAAUAUAUCUGGUCCCAUAUCUAAUUGGGUGAGGAUCUUUGUACCUUCUCCUCCUCCGCCUUCAACUGCUGCUCCUCCGUUUUCGUCAAAUGAACAAUCUAUUUGGCCAAAUAACGGACAUUCUCCCGAUAUUGACUCUGCUGGACCAAGCAUUACUAAAAGUAUGCCUGUAGGCUUAGAGCUCAUUUUGCCUGUAGUAAUUGGUUUAAUUCUACUUGUAGUUCUACUAAUUCUAUACUGUUACUUCUGUGUAGUCAAAAGAAGGAACAGAGGCAACUCAAAAUCUUGCAAAGCCAAUGCUAUUAAAAAGGACAAUCUCAACUCCAAUAUUACUAUAAUUCCAAGUUCUCCUCAGAACAACUCAAAUACAUCUACCCAGACAUACAUAGGGGGCGAUAUGCCAGAUCCUCACCAAAUUGGAGUCCCUGUCAAUAACUACGCUUACGAAGACGAAACCAAAAAACGUUACUCCUUGGUUAACCAACAAGAACAUCAAUUAAUUGAAGAACUCAAGCAACACCAGCAACAAAGAGAACCUAAUUACGAAGGUGUGAGUGUUAUUUCCAACAACACAAUCAACCGAAACCAAAUUUUGAGUCCUUAUAACUCGUGGAGUGCCUCCCAGCUGCUACACGAACACGAACGACGACGAAGUCCAAUGGACGGCUCUAUGGGUAACCCAGAACAAAUGAUUUCACAUCAAGAAGCUAUGAUGGCUGGCGAACACAUGAGUCUCAAUGGUCACCAAAUGCCAGAACAUUACGCCCAAGGUCAUAUGCCUCCUCCAGUUCCUCCACUACCUGUUUUCAGUGAUAACAGAUACCCUGGAAACUACGAUGUAUAUGAUGUACAGCAAGUGCACCCAAUCUACGCUUCUAUGCACAGGAGGGAACCUUUUAACCAAAGUUUGCAGGGUUCCCUGAGCUCUGUUAAUUCUGGCGAAAAAAAAAGGAGAAACGUGACAAUGGUGUAACACCAGGUUAUUGUGAAAGACACUAUUCAAGUGCACACUUACCAGACUCAAACCACUUACUUAUAAUGUAAAUAGUGUAUAUAUAAAAGUGAUAAAACUCUUGUUAUCAGAUUGAGGGACACAUACUGGGUGUUAACUAAAAUGAAACUGUUUUAUCUUGAACCCAAUUAACACAAUAUGUUUAUACUUGUUACCAGACCAGGGUCAGUAUUUAUUAAAAAGUACCUGAAGUAUCUUAAUGAUAUUCAUUUAGCUCUUUUUUUGUUUCCAGUUUUUAUUUUUUAAACACAAUGAAACAUUUUAGUAUUUUGACUUAAUACUAUGUUGUAUAUUAUUGUAAAUAAUUGCUUGGUGUGCUUUUCUAAAAUUACUUACCUUGAGCUGGUUUUUGCUAGUCAAGUGCACAUUAUUCUUAAUAAUUUUUGUCAUAUAAUGGAGCCAGUACUUAGUAAUUAUUAUAGUCUUCUAUGGCAUUUUUGUAUAGUACAACUUUAUUGUUACUUAAGACUGAUCUCGCGCAAAAAGAGAUAGUUAUAUAUUGAUGUCAACUAUCUGUUUGUAUGUUUUUGUAAAUAUAUGUGAAUUUGAAUGAAAAUAUAAUUUUUGUAUAUAUUUUAGUGUAUAGUUCUUAUAGAAAUCUUGUAAACGGUGUAAUCAUUGAUUGUUUGUAUCAUUUCUAUUGUCAUUUCCUUUGACACACAAAGGUUUAUAAAAUCUCGUAAUAAAGUGUUCAAAAUUUAA